AAUCAGAGAAGAGAGCUCUGCAAUUGCUUUCUUCUCCGAAGUUCAGUUCCCAAUGGACGCUCUGAAUUCUUAUGCAUCGUCGGCGGCGAUGGCACAACAAACCUGGGAGUUAGAGAACAACAUCGUGACAAUGGACGCGCCGUCGGGGUCGGCACCGGAAAACUCAGCGUCGGAUGCCAUAUUCCACUACGACGAUGCGGCACAGACUAAGUUCCAGCGGGAGAAGCCGUGGACGAGUGACCCUCACUACUUCAAGCGCGUGAAGAUCUCUGCUCUUGCUCUUCUAAAGAUGGUUGUUCACGCGCGUUCUGGAGGUACAAUUGAGGUCAUGGGACUAAUGCAAGGUAAGACGGAUGGAGAUGCUAUUAUUGUUAUGGACGCUUUUGCCCUUCCUGUUGAAGGAACUGAAACUAGGGUUAAUGCUCAAGCUGAUGCGUAUGAAUACAUGGUUGAAUAUUCACAGACCAACAAGCAGGUUAAUGCCUUUUAUCACUUUUUUUUUCUUCUUUUUGAUGUUGUGGUGUCGAUAAUGGAGAAGGGUACACUAGCGCUAAACUAGUCAGUUUACAGAGACU